AAAAGGAUUCGAUAAUUAAUUUUCGAGUAAAAAACAACAGCUUUAUUUCUUAAACAUCACAGCCGCCACACACGCACACGCACACGCACACGCACAAAGCCAUGCUCACAUUGCCACGCUCAAUAAACACGGCGAUUGAUGUCCGCCACAGCGGAGGCCGGCAUGUGCAGGCCGCCGCCGGAGGGCGCCGGCAUGUCCAGCGCAGCAAAGCGACGCAGCAGCGGAAGCAUCGUCAUCAACGCAGUCGACGACAGCAGCGGCAGCAUCGGAAAAGACUGCCGCAUCAGACACUCGGUCGGCCGCGUCGAAAAGAUGUCGCGGCUCGAAAAGCUCAAGGGGCUGCCCGAGUCGCUGGAGGAGGGCGUGUGCGAUCUGCCGCUGGCCUGGACGAGAUGGCGUGCACGCCGGCCUUCCGCGAGGCGCUGCAGGAGGAGGCGGGCACGGUGCUGGACCUGACGCGGCUGCUGGAGCGCAGCCCGCUGCCGCUGCUCCUGCGCAUCCACGAGUCAAAGGCAGCGACAACGCACGUGCUGGUGCUGACGGCGGCGCCGGGCGCGCGGCGCCUCGACCGCACGACGCGCAACGCGCUGAAGCUCGGGUGGCCGCGCGUGACGUCGAUCAAGAUCUUCAGCCACAUCACUUCGCUGGCCGACGAGCUGCACUACAAGAUCUGGAUGCCGCGCGACUACGCGCGCUACUUUCCGAACCUGCGCAGCAUCUCGUACGUGGCGCACAGCGCGGCGGCCGGCUACUUUCGCGAGAUGCUCCACCCGAUGGGCCGGCAGCCGCAGGCCGCGCCGCGCGCCGUGGUGCUGCGCGCGUCGCAGCGGCACAUAGACGUCCUGGGCCUGAGCGCCGACCUGAUGCGGUACAUGGCGCACGCCAACUUCCUGCUGCGCAGCCUGGCGCUGACCAUCCGCAGCGAGGGCCACUACACGGACUACGCCUUCACGGUGAUCCGCGCCGUGCUGCUGACCGACGUCGCGGCGCCCGAGAGCCUGCGGCUCAACGUCGACUCGACCGACCUGCUGUACAAGGUGGCCGAGAGCCGCACGCUGCGCGUCGUGUCGGCGGGCGCGCCCGAGCCCGGCUGCGCCGACGGCGCCGACGAGGUGGCGUUCAGCAAGCCGUCGGUGCGCGAGCUGGCGCUGCGGUUCGGCGAGAUCGGCAAGCUGGGCAUCCCGUUCGCGGCUCGCCACUUCCCGCGGCUCGAGCGGCUGGUGCUGAACGCGCACGCCGACGUCGGCCACCCGGCGCUGGAGAACACGCUGUACGGCUGCCUGUUCCUCGAGCCGUGGGCGCGGCUGCGGCGCGUGCAGCUGGCGCACAUCAACGACACGCUGGUGCAGCUGCUGGCGUCGAGCUGCCCGGCGCUCGCCGAGCUGAUCGUGUUCAACGCCGCCACGCACGCCGAGCUGAUGGCCAAGCACUCGUUCGACAUCCACCGCACGCUGAUCCCGCUGCCCAGCAUGCCCAGCAUGCGCUUCACGCCGAAAAGCCUGCACUACCUGCUGACGCGCUUCGCACACCUGCGCGUGCUGGACCUCAACUACCCGCUGUACGUCGACCCGCUGACACGCGCCCACGACAUCGACGCGUCGCUGGCCGCGUCGCUGGCACGCGCCACUGCCGCCGCCGCCCAGCAGCAGCCGCGCCAGCUGCGCUACCUCAGCCUGCCGUUCAUUCCGCCGGGCGCCGCGUGCCGCGUGUGUACGUGCCGUACGUGGCGGGCGUCGAGGCCGCGUCCGAGGUCGAGACCCGCCUGAUCAUGCAGCACAUGCGCAAGGAGAUGCCCUGGGCGACCGCGCACCGCUUCGAGUACAACGUGGCCGACUAUUACACGUGACGGUGAUCCGGAUCAGCCAAGGGCGGGCGGAUCACCGGGCUCUGAUCGCGCGCGUUGAAGAAAAAAAGGGGGGGGGGGGUGAGAUUGCGCGCGCGCUGGCCCCAAAUCGCAUUUUGCCGCGAACCAUACUUGCGUGGGCACUGUGGCUUUCUCGAUGCGUAUUUAAGCAUUUUUUGUUAUUCUUUUAUAUUUCC